AUGCUUAAGCUUUUAUCACAUCAGCAACCGCUGUUUAAGCAGCAGCUCACAUCCCUUGCUAUUCGGAGCACACACACUGCCGCUCAGAAGAUUCCCAAGGAUCUGCUUCGUGAGCUUCAGGCAACACGACCAGCGCCUAUGCGCGAUGAGUUCCUUGGUUCCAACAAACUCACAACCGACGAUCUCGAGAAAAUGGAUAUCGACAAGGCCAAGCACCAUGUUCCGGAGACACUGAGUGACAAGUUUGCCUAUCGCAUGGUCAAGACGCUCCGUCUUUUGCCCGACACAUACUUUGGUCGCGACCACUACAUGCGUGCUGUCAUGCUCGAAACCAUUGCUGCAGUUCCAGGCAUGGUCGGUGGCAUGCUAAGACACAUGCGAUCACUGCGGAACUUAUCUGAAGACAACGGCUGGAUCAUCCACUUGCUCCACGAGGCGGAAAACGAACGAAUGCACUUGAUGACCUGGAUGAAAUGCUUGCAGCCAAGCUUGUGGAACCGAUUGCUUAUUUUGGGUGCCCAAGGCGUCUUUUUCAACAGCUAUUUCUGGCUUUACGUGUUCUCGCCCAAGACAGCCCACCGUAUGUGUGGCUAUCUGGAAGAAGAAGCCGUAGUUUCGUAUACCCACUUUUUGGACGAUAUUGAUGCGGGUGUUCUGCCUAACGGCCCGGCUCCUUCAAUCGCGAUUGAUUAUUAUAACCUUCACCCAAGCGCAUCCAUUCGCGAUGUUGUAUUAGCUGUUCGUGCUGAUGAAGCUUUGCAUCGUGACGCCAACCAUCACCUAUCUGAUCGAAUUGCAUACAACCGCGAAGAUAUUAUUGCAGACAUCAAGGCUGAGCAGCUCAGGAAAGUGCGAGCUGGCAAAUGA